GCUCACUGGACCGCUCCACAAUUACGAAGGGGGACGCGGAACAGCUUGGAAGAAGUCAAGCAGCUGAUCGCAUCCGUGUAAACUUGGAUGCCAUCUGCGAAACUGUGCCGUUCCUGAUUAUGUCCAGCAGGGCCCUCUUGCCUCUUGGUACCAGUUUUUCUUCUCACUCUGUUACCAGCAUAUGCCCGAAUUAUUUUAUUGAUUGUCUUGCAGCCGCGUAACGAGCGGUCGAUGGUGGGACAUCUGCGGAGCCUUUUGGAGUGGAGCGAGCGAUGGGCGCCCAAUUGGUAGCGUUAUUCUGCUGGCCGCCGCUAGGAUGUCUGCGUGCGCAGGGAAAAGAGGCACUGGCAGCCUCUGGUUGUCACCAGCAUGCAACUGCUGGUCGUUGCAAACGUUGCUGCUGCUUCUACUGCAGCUGCACUUUUCGGCCGGAUGUCCCCAUCGAAAGACAUCGCCAAUCAAUCUGAAUAAGGUUUUGAACGAAGCCAAAGAAAGCAACGGCAGCGGCACCAUGCAUCUGCGCGGCUAUGGAUCUCCGAAAUUUCUUGUAGCGGAAUGGCCACCGCAGACGGAGAUCAUUCGAGUCCCCGAAGGCGGCAAACUCUUCAUUCCUUGUAGCAACCCGAACAACUUGCAGGUGUCCCACAUUGCGAAUCCACCGGCAUUCGCAUACAACGGAGUGCAGUACACUAUUAAAGGGGCCGCAUUGACCUGGGAACCGCUUAAUGAAACCUAUCGUUGCUGCAACUGCACAAACAACGAAAUUGUUAGGUCGCUGACGGUGUCCGGGUACCAGGUGGCAACGGGUGCGUUCACCAUCGAGCUGGACCACUUCUCGUACGUCUACACCGGUCUGUACGACUGCCUGCACUCUAACGGAAGCCAGCUGGUGGUGACCAAGCGUUACUGGGUCAGCGCGACCCUCAUCCGCCACAAAGUCUUCGAUCCGCCCAUGAAGAACGUCACCGUCCGCUAUGGCGACCCGGCGGAGAUGGUUUGCGCGGUCCGCUUCAGUUUUCUCCCCGGCUCCUUUGAGAACCGCUUUCUGUGGCGCAAAGGAGUCUAUUUGCUUUGGGCCGGAUCCAUCGCAAAGGUAGCGGUCACCGCCAGGUCGCCCUAUAGAUUUAACGGCUAUUUCACUUUUGGCGAAAAUGGAAAGUGUCUAUGCAACUCCACCCUGAAGCUUAACAGUGCCACAUGGGAAGGCGCCGGUCUGUACGAAUGCUGGUUCCGUAUCAACGAUCGGCUCGACGAGUGGGUCGUGCAAGAAGCCUACCUGCAUGUCAUUUAAAUACAGAGCACUUCCGAAUGGGUGGGAAUUUUUUCGGAUGAUUUGAUGGAUGUACGUUGGUUAAUCAUUUUUCGCUACAUUCCACUGACUUUUUCUUGUAUGAGACUCCGUCGGUACGCAAACCGUUGGUCCGGCAAAUACCCGGUGGUUCCAAUUCCUUUUCAGUACUGGAUGAAGAAAAGGCGCGUUUUAGAGCAAGUGUGUCUGGACUUCCGGUCCCGGCUUUUUGUAGCUCAGACCAUGGUAUUCUCGCGCAUCGGUUCAUUCACCACAAAUGCAACGGUGAGGAAUUGUGAUCGGUACGCCGAGACGCAGGCCGGCAGAAAUUCUGAGAGUAGUUUCUUUAAGGAAGUUCCCAUGGGAUGCUGCUGGAAGCGCUUCCAGCCAUGUACCGUUGUUAUUAGUGCUCACACAUCGGAGACUGGCUUCACUUAAAAUGUCAGACUGUCAAAAAUUUUCUGAUGAUUCGAGUUUUCACAACUCUCAGCCGUUAUGGC